AUGGCUCCCAAGAAGACCGCCGGUGCUGCCAAGGAGAACGUCUCUCUCGGUCCUUUGGCCGGAGAUGGCAAGCUCGUUUUCGGUGUUGCCCGUAUCUUUGCCUCCUUCAACGAUACCUUCGUUCACGUCACCGAUCUGAGUGGUCGCGAAACCAUCUGCCGUGUCACCGGUGGUAUGAAGGUCAAGGCUGACCGUGACGAGUCUUCCCCCUACGCUGCCAUGUUGGCUGCUCAGGAUGUUGCUGCUCGCUGCAAGGAGCUUGGCAUCAACGCCCUCCACAUCAAGAUCCGUGCCACUGGUGGUAACGGCACCAAGACCCCCGGUCCCGGUGCUCAGUCCGCCCUCCGUGCUCUUGCCCGUUCCGGCAUGAGAAUCGGCCGUAUCGAGGACGUCACCCCCACUCCCUCCGACUCUACUCGUCGCAAGGGUGGUCGCCGUGGUCGUCGUUUGUAA